UGAAACCACAAGAUUCUUUCAGCGACUUUUCAUCGAUUUUCUGGGUCCGUAUCCCCGCUCGAGAAGUGGAAACAUCGGGAUAUUUAUCGUCUUAGAUCAUUUUUCUAAAUUCGUCUUCCUAAAACCCGUGAAAAAGAUAAAUGCAGACAUCGUGAUUAAAUAUUUAGAACAUGAACUCUUUAUGACCUUUGGCGUCCCCGAAACUAUUGUGUCGGACAACGGUUCCCAAUUCCGAUCGAUGGCGUUCCAGAAACUCCUUCGCCAAUUCGGAAUUUCUCACACCUUAACAGCCGUUCAUUCGCCCCAAGCCAACGCCUCUGAGCGAGUGAAUCGAUCCAUCAUCGUGGGAAUAAGGGCUUACGUAUGUCCCGAUCAAAGGAACUGGGAUGAGGGUUUGAGCAAAAUUUGCUGUGCACUGCGCUCUUCCAUUCAUUCUAGUAUUGGAACCACCCCAUAUUAUAUGGCAUUCGGCCAACAGAUGGUGACUUCCGGCAAUACGUAUUCCCUGUUGAGGAAGCUAAACAUGCUAGACGAUCGGUCUGUGAUGUAUAACCGACAGGAUUCGUUCGAGUUAAUCCGAGAAGAAGCCACCAAACAGAUGCAGAAGGCGCACGAGCGCAACGAAAAUCGUUACAAUUUGCGCUCACGAGUAGUAACUUUCAGCGAAGGGCAGGAAGUCUUUCGUCGCAACUUUAAACAAAGCUGUUUCAAAACAGGGUUCAACGCAAAGUUAGGUCCGGCGUUUAUCAAAGCACGCGUAAGGAAGAAGAUCGGUAAGUCCUACUACGAGCUAGAGGAUUUGCAAGGCCAAAGGAUAGGAGUCUACCAUGCCAAGGAUAUCCGUCAAUAGCGUCCCUUCAGGCGGUAUCAGACUAGGGAAUACCCUAGUCUGAUUGUGGGAGGGGGAGUUUGUAACGGCGCCUGAAGCGACCUAUACUUAAAGCAAACAAAGAGUCGAAUUUGAAAUGUAACCGUCGAUAAAUAAGCAAAAAUAUCCCAUUUAUCUAGAGAUGCCACGUAGGCGAAUCAUCGGCCAGCUGAUCGCGAAUUGAUCGGGACUGGUCACUCUAAGAGAGGGUUAGAA